GUGACCUUGGUCAAAUCGCUUCAACUUUCCUGGUCUCAGCUCCCCACCUCUGAGCUGGAGAUGAUAAUAACCCUCCCCUUCCUUCCAGGGGUGCUUUGGGGACAGAUUGUGAGGGACUCAGAUACUAUGGGAGCUGUAAAAGUGCCUGAGACAGAAACUCCAGUGUCCGUAAUAGGGCGAGCUGGGUUGAGCCCCCUGAUGGGGAAGUGAGGUUCAUAGGGCAGGUGAAAAAUGACAUGAAUCCUAAGGGGUUGGGAAGCUUGAGCCCAGCCCCCACUGUGCUUCCUGCCCUUUGGAAACCCGACUCUGGCUGAACCAGUUUCUGAUGCGCUUUGGCUGAGUGCAGCCAACUUUAAGGAUUUUAAGACAAGCCUCAUGAUAUUUGGUGGGUUUCUUAAAGCCCCAGCUCCAGGGACCACGUGAAUCUCAGAAACAAAUGAUAAGUCACUUUCCAGCCCUUGCAGUUGAAGAGGAAAAGAUUGAAAAGGUCUUCCAGUUUUCAUCCUGACGUGAUCUCCCAGCUGGAACAAGAGGAAGAGCCGUUGGGUCCUGGAUCUCCCAAGGCUCUGAGGAAAGAGGGACCCUGAGAAACGUUCAUACAGUCCCCUUUCUGAGGUUGCCUCUCCCUGGCACAGGGGACGAUUCCUGUCUGGAUACUCCCUCUAUCCUGGCAGGUGAUGGGAUGGUGAGUGAAAACGAGGAGACGAAUCCUAAGCAGGAAAUCCCUGAGCAAGUGGAACCACAUGGGACAGCACUGGGACCAUCCAAAGGGAACAUUUCCUGGAGGGGUGAGCAGGAAGCAGCCUGCGAGGGUCGGUGCGGGCUGGAGAGGCAGCAGGGAACCCCCCAGUGAAGAGACGAGGUAACUCCAUUCAGAGAGGUUUGAAGGACCGCAGUGAAACCAUGCUCCAGCUUAGAACCCGCACUAAAGAGAAACUGUAUGAAUGUCCUGAGUGCGGGAGGAGCUUCACUCGCAACUCACACCUUAUUGUGCAUCACAGGAUCCACACAGGAGAGAGGCCCUAUGACUGCCUGGACUGUGAGAAGGGGUUCACUCAGGGUGCCGACCUGACGAAGCACCAGAGAACCCACACAGGAGAGAGACCCUAUCGCUGCCCUGAGUGCGGGAAACAGUUUGCCACUUUCUCCUCCCUUAUUUCACACCGGAGACUGCACACGGGAGAGAGACCCUACAAAUGCCCCGAGUGUGGGAAAAGCUUCAGUGCCAGCUCCAACCUUAUUGUGCACCAGAGAACCCACACUGGGCAGAGGCCCUGGACAUGCCCCGACUGUGAGAAAAGCUUCAGCGUGAGCUCCAACCUUAUCGCCCACCAGAGGAUCCACACGGGAGAGAGACCCUAUAAAUGCCCCGAGUGCGGGAAAGGGUUCACUCAGAGCUCCCACCUCGUUUCCCACCAAAGAAUUCACACAGGAGAGAGACCCUACGAAUGCCUCGAUUGUGGGAAGAGCGUCAGCGAGGGCUCAGACCUUACUAAGCACCAGAGGAUUCACACGGGAGAAAGACCCUAUAAAUGUCCUGAGUGUGGAGAAAGCUUCAGCCAGAGCUCCAGCCUGAUUAAACACCAGAGAGUCCACACCGGAAAAAACCCCUAUAACUACCCUGAGUGCAGGAUAAGUUUCCAGCUGAGCUCCACCCUUAUUGCUCAUCAGAGAAUCCACACAAGAGAGACUCUAUAAAUGUCCAUUCUGUGGGGAAGGCUGCAAGUGGAAGAUCUCUCUAAUGUCCCACUAGACACGCCACAGAGAAGGUGGCAGGAGCUCUCCCUGAAUGUAAUGAUUCUAUGCCCUGCUGACGCAACGUACAAACGUGCUUCAUUUCAGGAUGGUCUAGGUAGAGGGGGGCCAGGUGGAUGUUUUGGGUUUCAGUGUGGCCAGAGGAGGGAGCACUGGGUACUGGGGAGACGGGUUAUUUCAAGGUCUGGGGGGGAGCAGGUGUUGAAAUUAGUGAGGAGACAUUUCUGCAGGGGCCACACACACUUGCCAGGUCAGAGAAGAGGUGAAGAUGCCCCAUUGCACUUUGCGUCCAUGUUGUCUCUGCAGCUCCCAAAGCCUCUCAGGGUGGGGGUGAGGGCAGGGGAUGCUGUUGUUAUAAUUAUUGGUGUCAUGGCCCAGGACCCCUCUGCACCAGGCACUGUGCAAACAUGGAAUGAAAAGCCAGUCCCUGCCCCAAAGAGUUUACAAUCUAAGUGGAGAAACGGGACAACAGAUGGAGACGGACAGAUGGGGGGCGGGGAUCCAAGAAAGCAGACAGUAUUGGUAGCAUGACAGGUAGCAUGCUCAGCAUACCAGCACCCUAACCACUGUCAGGUUUUUUUGCAGGCCUCACAGCAAAGGAGAGUUUUAAGUUUUUCAGGGAAAGAGUGGGGGGCCCUGUGGGUCCAUAGUAUAAAGCAACAAGAGCUGCUGAUCCGAAGUGAGAGGAUGGACUCUGUAAAUGCAGGGGCUGGAGACUGGGGAAUUCAAGGGGGAGAUUCCCAGAGAGAUGGGAGAUUGCCCUGUUCCUGAGAGUGCAGUAUGGUGUAGUAGUGAGAGCAGGGGGAAUUGGGCCUCAGGAGUCCUGGGUUUAGUUCCUAGCUCCAAGCGGGAGUGUGAUCUAGUAGUUAGAGCAGAGUGGGGGUGACUGCUGAGCUCAAUAACCAGCUCUGCUAGUGUCACUUCAUCCCAAUCACUUCCCCUCCUUUCUCUGCCUGUGCCUCUUCCAUCUGUGCAAUGGGGAUAAGUCACACACCAUCCCAGGGAGUCGUCACUAAUUACUGUGUGUUCAGAGGCUCAGGAGGACAGAGGUGCCAAGGGAGGGGAAGUGUCAUUGUUACUGUGUUUCAUUAUUAUCUGAUCCUCUCCCAUCCCACCCCAGCUGUCUCAUUAGUGGAAGGGAUUUACUGAGCUGAAGGGGAGGGUUUCAUCUGUUUCUAGGGAGGGGCUCAGCUCACAUUGUCACAUACUGGGCUUAUUCCUGAACUAACUGCCCUGGGAGGGCUUUUCUUUUUGUUUCUGGAUGGGGCAGGGGAGAGGUGGGGUCCUGUUUUUUUGGUUUUCUGCAAUAGCAGAGACUGGAUCGAAUGACACAGAAGCCCCCUUCCAGUUCUAUGUUCCUGCUUCUGGAAACGCAAGUUUCAGAGGAAUGUUUAUGUCUUGCUAAAGUUUUUACCUAAUUGGAUUUUGAUUUUC